GAUGGAACUUCCGGCGCUUCCGGCGUAUUCUUUUGUUAUGUUCGUUCUCAGGCGAAGGACGAUAAAGUUGUAAAAUCGUGAUACAUCUGAGAAAUAUAUUGACACUUAUUAAAUAUUUAAAAUGGGGAAGAUUAUGAAGCCCAACAAAGUUGUGCUGGUCCUGAGUGGCCGGUAUGCUGGAAAGAAGGCAAUUGUAAUGAGGAACUUCGAUGAUGGUACGUCUGAUAAGCAGUAUGGGCAUGCACUGGUGGCAGGCAUUGACCGAUAUCCGAGAAGAGUCCAUAAAAGGAUGGGGAAAGCAAAGAUACACAAGAGGUCAAAAAUUAAGCCCUUUGUGAAGGUCUUGAACUACAAUCAUUUGAUGCCCACACGAUAUACGGUUGACCUUACCUUAGAGAAGAUAACAGUUAAGGACCUGAAGGAUCCCAUGAAGAGGAAAAAGGCAAGGUUCCAAGCUAAGGUGAAAUUUGAGGAAAGGUACAAGUCUGGGAAAAACAAGUGGUUCUUCCAGAAGCUGAGAUUCUAAAGUAUGGUGUUUUCUUGCUGUGUGCUGUAUUAUAAACAAAACAGUUUUGUUCAAUAAAAAAAAUUGAAUGGUGGACAAUUUAA